AUGUUCAAAUGGUUCGUCUUAGCCUCUGUCUUCGGCUUUUUAGGGCCUGGAGCUUCAAAUAGCGCGGCUGAAAGCGCCAGACUAGCGCUGCGUGAAGCUGCAAAAGAGCAGCAGCAGCAGCAGCAGCAGGCUGCUGCUGGGAGCCAGCAAUACGCAACUUACCUAGCGAACCUGAUGAGCUCUCCUCCGAACAUUGCUUUGAAGGUGCAGCCGGCGCGGAGUUUGCGUUUCAGCAAAUCGCAGCUGAAUAGUUUGUUGAUAGAUCUGCGGCACGAAAUAAAGGCUCAAAGGGUGAGCCCCAAGUGCUGCAAAAGAGCUGCUGAAAUGCAAAAAGAGCUGCAGGCGAAAUGGCUGAGGAGGAAAGACAGAGGCAAAAGAUCUCUUCGACUUGGGCUGCUCAAGGCUCUCCCAUUUGGGUUCCCAAGGAAGCACGUGGAGCAGCAGCAGCAGCAACAGCAGCAGCAGAAAUGA